CUCACACACCCCCGCUUGGGCCUCCUCUCUCUCUCCGGCUCCAUUUUCUCCGCCGCCGGGGGCCGGGGUCUCCUGUGGGGGGCCCAGACGGUACCCCAGGUCUCCCUCCAGGGCCGGGGCGGACCCCCGGGAGAGCCGGGAGAGGGGGAAACGGGCGGGGGUUGGGGUGGAGGGAGCAGCGGCCCCGGCGAGUUUAGGGGGGAAGGAACCAGGCGGGGGGGGAGGGGCGGAGCAGGGAGGGGGCCUCAGGGCCCCCCCCCAACUAUGGACGAGCGGCUGCUGGGGCCGCCCCCUCCAGGCGGGGGCCGGGGGGGCCUGGGAUUGGUGGGUGGGGAGCCUGGGGGCCCUGGCGAACCUCCCGGUGGCGGAGACCCCGGUGGGGGUAGCGGGGGGGUCCCGGGAGGCCGAGGGAAGCAAGACAUCGGGGACAUUCUGCAGCAGAUAAUGACCAUCACCGACCAGAGCCUGGACGAGGCCCAGGCCAAGAAACACGCCCUAAACUGCCACCGAAUGAAGCCUGCUCUCUUUAGCGUCCUGUGUGAAAUCAAGGAGAAAACCGGCCUCAGCAUCCGAAGCUCCCAAGAGGAGGAGCCUGUGGACCCACAGCUGAUGCGCUUGGACAACAUGCUUCUGGCGGAGGGUGUGGCUGGGCCCGAGAAAGGGGGUGGCUCAGCGGCAGCAGCUGCAGCCGCCGCAGCCUCGGGGGGCGGUGUGUCCCCUGACAACUCCAUCGAACACUCGGACUAUCGCAGCAAACUUGCCCAGAUCCGCCACAUUUACCACUCGGAGCUGGAGAAGUACGAGCAGGCAUGUAACGAGUUCACAACCCACGUCAUGAACCUGCUGAGGGAGCAGAGCCGCACGCGGCCCGUGGCACCCAAGGAGAUGGAGCGCAUGGUGAGCAUCAUCCAUCGAAAGUUCAGCGCCAUCCAGAUGCAACUCAAGCAGAGCACCUGCGAGGCCGUCAUGAUCCUGCGUUCCCGCUUCCUGGAUGCCAGACGAAAACGUCGUAACUUCAGCAAACAGGCCACUGAGGUCCUGAAUGAGUAUUUCUACUCCCACCUGAGUAACCCAUAUCCUAGUGAGGAGGCUAAGGAGGAGCUCGCCAAGAAGUGCGGGAUCACUGUCUCUCAGGUCUCCAACUGGUUUGGCAACAAGCGGAUUCGUUACAAGAAAAAUAUUGGAAAGUUCCAAGAGGAGGCAAACAUCUAUGCCGUCAAGACCGCCGUGUCGGUCACCCAGGGAGGCCACAGCCGCACCAGCUCCCCGACACCCCCUUCCUCCGCAGGCUCUGGCGGCUCUUUCAAUCUCUCAGGAUCCGGUGACAUGUUUCUGGGGAUGCCCGGGCUCAACGGAGAUUCCUACUCUGCCUCCCAGGUGGAAUCACUCCGACACUCGAUGGGGCCAGGGGGCUAUGGGGAUAACCUCGGGGGAGGCCAGAUGUAUAGCCCUCGGGAAAUGAGGGCAAACGGUGGCUGGCAGGAGGCUGUGACUCCGUCCUCAGUGACAUCUCCGACAGAGGGACCAGGGAGCGUUCAUUCUGACACUUCCAACUGAUCUCGCCCCUGAGGGCCACAGAGGUGGGGGCUCCCAAGGCAACUCUUGAAGAGGACGCAGGCAUCCAGAGGACAAACCCAGACACAGGAGAAGCACAAGCUAGAGACGGGCCAACAGGAGCAUCCCUUCCCUGGCCAGACUCUCUCAGUGCUGGGGUGCUGACUCUGUGGCAAGGAAGACGGGGUCCCCUGAGAGGAGAGUGGGGUCUAUUUCCCCCUUUUUCCUUCAUUUUUUUCUCCCCCUUUCUUGCUCACACAGAAAUACACACACCUAGAAUCCUAGUUUUCAGAACUUUCUCCCCUCUCUCUCUCUCAUGCAUUCUGUUUCUCUCUCCUACCCCCGCCCCCCUCUUCUUCUAGGCACCCCCACUGUCCCUCCCCCACCCCCCUUAUCUGCUCUGGGAUCUAUGGAGCCGCCAGCCAGCCCUGCCUGACCAGAGAUGCCAAAAAUGGGGACAUGACUUCUGGACAGAGGACAUGGGCCACGCCCCUGUGCCUCCCCACCCCUGCCCCUCCAGACGGCUUUAUUACCUCAUACGCAGCUCAUCUUAAACCAAUAGAAUCGCUCGGUGGA